CAGAGCUCCGGGUGCCGGACAGAUGCUGCUCGCCGUGUCAGUGCUUCACAGAGGAGCCGUACGGAGCCGCACUAAGCUCCUUUUUUACGACUUGGACGCCGCUAAAAGUUGAUUAAUUGAACCAUGCAGUCCGAAUCGGGAAUAGUUCCCGACUUCGAUGAUGGAGAGGACUUACAAGAGGAACCCAAAACGUAUUACGAGCUGAAGAGCCAGCCCUUGAAAAGCAGCAGCAGCAGCAGCCCGUCGGAGCAGCAUGGCUCCUCCAAGCCUCCGCUCGGCUCCUCGGCCACGACCUCACGCAUCUUGCUGCGACAACAGCUGAUGCGGGAGCAGCUUCAGGAGCAGGAACGGCGAGAGCAACGGAGGCAGCGGGCCUCCCAGUACACACAAACCACAGCUACACAGACACCCGCCAUCAAUGUCACCGUCCCUGCCCCGCCCGCUGCCCAGGUGCCCAUGGAGGUGCUGAAGGUACAGACUCACCUGGAGAACCCGACCAAGUAUCACAUCCAGCGCUCGCAGCAGCAGCAGGUCAAGCAGUACCUGGGAAAGCUUGGCUCGCAGGUGUUGAGCUUGCCCUGCCCCAACCAGUCCUCUGACCACGGGGGCAUGCCGCCAGGGCCAGGAAACAGUGCCCCCAACAGCCCUAUGGCCUUACUGACCCUGAACUCUAAUUGCGAGAAAGAGAUGGAUGAUGUCAUCGACGAUAUUAUUAGUCUGGAGUCCAGUUACAGUGAUGACAUCCUCGGCCUGAUGGACCCAGGGCUACAAAUGGCCAACACGAUCCCGGUUCCAAGCAACCUGAUAGAUAUGUAUGGAAAUCAAGGCAUGCCCCAGCAAGGUCUGCCUAUCAGCAACUCCUGUCCUGCCAACCUGCCCAACAUCAAAAGGGAAUACUCGGUGUCGCAAUCUCCGGCGAUCAUGCACAUGCUGGAUAAGUCUGGAUCCUGUGGAAAAUUUGACAACUAUCAGCGACCUGAAGGAUUUCCUGUUGAAGCUGAGGUAAGAGCCCUGGCUAAGGAGAGACAAAAAAAGGACAACCACAACUUGAUCGAGAGAAGACGACGGUUUAACAUCAAUGACCGAAUUAAGGAACUGGGAACUUUAAUUCCAAAGUCAAACGACCCAGACAUGCGCUGGAACAAAGGCACCAUACUCAAGGCAUCUGUGGACUACAUCAGGAAGCUACAGCGGGAGCAGCUAAGGGCCAAAGAACUGGACAGCCGUCAAAGGAAGCUUGAAAAUGCCAAUCGGCAUCUUAUGCUGAGGAUACAGGAGUUAGAGAUGCAGGCUCGAGCUCACGGCCUGGUGCUCGCAUCCUCAGCACUCUGCUCAGCUGACCUCGGGGGUCGGAGCAUCAAGCAGGAGUCCACUCUGGAGGACUGUCACCAGGACCUGUACACACUCCACCCGCAUCCGCAUCACCAGCACCACCCCGACUGUACCCCCGAGCCCCCCGGCACGCUAGAGUACAACGAGGGCCACCCCAAUUUCUCAGACGGGCACUACGGCGUUCACUGCAAGCCGGCCUCCAAGCUCAACGACAUCCUCAUGGAAGAUAACAUAUCACCGGUGCGAGGGGGGGACCCUUUGCUCUCAUCGGUCUCCCCAGACACCUCAAAGGACAGCAGUCGUAAAAGCAGUGUAAGCAUGGAUGAGAAUGAGCAGGUCUGUUAGCACCCCCUACUGGCUGCUGGAGGUUCUCACCCUCUCUAUCACUUUUGUGUCUGUGUGUUUACACUACGGUUUCAAUAUAUUUGCCUUCUUUUUUUGUGAUAUUUGUAUCUUUUCAAGCCCUCAAGCUUGAGUUGAAGGACUGUUGUUUGCUUUAAUCAAACCUUUUAUGACAAUGAGGUACAUAUGUAGACUUUUAUAUGUAAAAGAAAAUACAUUUAUUGUACGGUAGCGGCUAAAUUAUGUUUUUUUGUGUUGAUUCCAAGGGGAAAUGUUCAAUUAUAGUGAGAUAUAUCUUGUGUGGAGAAAACACUUUUUUAAAUCACUAGCAAUAAUAGAAGGAAUAUCUGUUCAUUACUAUCGUGCUUUACACUCCUCCUGUCUUAGAACUUGAACGUGCAGAUGCCUUAUUGACAGUUUUGUAUCGCUAUCAACACGCUGUAGUUGCCAGUUGUAAUGCCAAUGGAAUCUUCUUGAUGCACAAAUAUUAAUCACUUGUAUGUAAGCAUAUUUAUGUAUCUAAAGGAAUUUGUUCGUACAUUCCUCCUUUAAGUUAAUUUAUAUUUAAAAAAAAAACAUAAAUAUAAGCAAUUGUAUUCGGUGUUGUAGCAAAACAAUCCAGUUUUUCAGAGUUUCUCCACAGUGAUGCUUUGUAGCUGUGCUUUAGAAAGGAAUAGCCGACUUCCAGGCAAGUGAUGAAUGAAAGGAAAGUGGGGAUCAAUAAAGACACAAAAAUGAAUCAUCAGUUGAAAUGGAAUUGAAGAGAAAAAAACAGUAUAUUUGGCCUUUAACCCCAGCUACCUCACUUGACAGCAAAGUGCAUUAUCAUUAAAAUAGGAUGUGACUUAUGCACUACAGAUGAAUUGUGCAGAACUGAUUCACGGAUCCAACUUGGCUGUUCAGCAGACUUUGCCAAAUCGGAAGUUUGGUUUGAUUCCCAAAUAUGUUACAAAGUUUAAAAGAACAAACU